CUGAGGUGGUGCCCAGCAGGCUAUAAAUGCAGGCAAAUCUCCCCCACGGUCUGCUGAGUGCUAGGGAGGUGGAACCGAGACUCAAGGCAGACUUUUGUGGGGCAGGAGGAGAACCAAGCUCAAGAGACGGCAAACCCACCACCGAGGAGGAGCCCAGAGCAAUGUCCCUGGCUGGGGUGAGCUGCCUGGUGACAGGGGCAGGAGGGUUCCUCGGCCAGAGGAUUGUGUGCUUGCUGCUGGAAGAAGAGGAGGCUCCGGCUGAGAUCCGGCUGCUGGACAAAGCCUUCAGCGCUGAGGCACUCGGCAGGUUUGACAAGUUCAAGGGGAAGACUGAGCUGAAGAUCCUGGAAGGGGACAUCCGAGAUGUGACAUUCCUGCACCGCGCCUGCCAGGGCGUCUCCCUGGUCGUCCACACGGCCUCCCUCAUUGACACCCUGGGCCUCAUCGAGAAGAAGCUGCUCUGGGAAGUCAAUGUGACAGGUACUCAGCUGCUGCUGGAGGCGUGCAUCCGCUGUAAUGUCCAGCACUUCAUUUACACCAGUACCAUAGAAGUGACGGGCCCAAACUGCAAAGGGGACCCCAUUUUCAAUGGGGACGAAGAUACAGCUUAUGAGAGCACAUCCAAAUUUCCUUACGCCCAAAGCAAGAGACUGGCAGAGGAUGCUGUGCUGAAAGCAGACGGCCAGGUGCUGAAGGAUGGCGGCACGCUGAUGACCUGUGCCCUGAGAUCCAUGUACAUUUUUGGGGAAGGCUGCCCCUUUCUCCAAGGCCACCUGGACAAGUGCCUGCUGAACAAGAACAUCUACCUGCGCUUCUCCAGGAAGGAGGCUCUGGUGAACCCCGUGUACGUGGGGAACAUUGCCUGGGCACACGUGCAGGCAGCCAAAGCCCUGCGGGCCCCGCAGAGAGCCAAGCACGUCAGGGGCAAGUUCUACUACAUCUCAGAUGACACUCCUCACAUGAGCUACGCCGACCUGAAUUAUGAGCUGACCAAGGAGCUGGGGUUUGGGAUUGAGCCCCGGCUGCCCAUGCCCCUGACAAUGCUCUAUUACUUCUCUCUGCUGCUGGAGAUGCUGAGCUUCCUGCUGAGGCCCUUUGUCAGAUACGUGCCCUCCACCAAUCGCCACCUGGUCACGCUGCUCAACACCCCCUUCACCUUCUCCUACAGAAAGGCACAGCAGGAUUUUGGCUACGUGCCCCGCUACACAUGGGAGGAGGCCAAGCAGGGCACCGGUGAGUGGCUUGCCUCCGUGAUCCCCCAGAGAAGGCUGAUCCUGCAGAGCAGCACUGCCUGAGCCUGAAGAGGAGCUGAAACCCAGCUAAGCAAGUAGGGCCUUGAGCCAGAGGGCCCAGAGGAAAGCCUGUCACAAACAUGUUUUAAGAAAAAUCCUUCCCUUCGGAUUUUUUUCUCCUGAGAAGCUGAGAGGUCUCAAGAACAAAAUGUAAA